GUGAGCCCGCAGCGCCUUUGUGUGGAGGACUGCGGGUAUAGUGCCGUUUCGUCUGUGCUAGCCAAACGCACUUAGCGCGCGGACAGGUAAUCAUGGUGAACGUAAAGAAGCGGAAAGGACGGGUCGUUAUUGACUCAGACUCCGAGGACAGCGCCAGCGACGAUAAUUUAGAUCAGGAGUUGUUGUCUUUGGCCAAGCGGAAGAGGGUGGAUUCAGAUGAGCAGGAAGAACCAGCCAGCAAGCCGACAGCCUCUACAGACUCGGAGACGUCUGACAGUGAUGACGAGUGGACUGUGGGUGGCACCAAGGCUAAGAAGAAAGUAAAGCCUGGCAAAGGGAGUGGUGAGAAGAAGGGUACUGCAAAAAAGCGCACAAACAAGGCUGCUUCCUCUGGAAGUUCAGAUGGAGGCAGCUCUGCUGAGAGCUCUGCCCCAGAGGAAGGUGAGGUCUCUGAUUCGGAGAGCAAUAGCUCGUCCUCCAGCUCCGACUCCGACUCUUCCUCCGAGGAUGAUGUUUUUCGUGAUGGUUAUGAUGACGACCUGAUGGGGGAUGAGGAGGACCGGGCACGGCUGGAGCAGAUGACAGAGAAAGAGAGGGAACAGGAGCUCUUCAACAGAAUUGAGAAGAGGGAGGUCCUGAAAAGGAGGUUUGAGAUUAAAAAGAAGCUGAAGACAGCUAAAAAGAAGGAAAAAGAGGAGAAGAAGAAGAAACAAGAGGAAGAGCAGGAGAAGAGAAAGCAGUCUCAGGUUCAGGACACACAGGUGGUCAUGUCUCACAACAAAGAGAGGCGGUCCAAACGAGAUGAAAAGCUGGACAAGAAGUCCCAGGCAAUGGAGGAACUCAAGGCAGAGCGAGAAAAAAAGAAAAACAGAACAGCGGAGCUUCUGGCAAAGCGUCAACCCCUCAAGACUAGUGAAGUGUACUCUGAUGAUGAGGAGGAAGAGGAGGAAGAUGACGACAAAUCCUCUGUCAAGAGCGACCACAGCUCUCGGUCCUCAUCUUCUGGGGAACAGGAGGAUAAGCAGCCAACCCCUCCGAAGUCACAGCCUGUCUCCCUGCCCGAGGAGUUGAAUCGAAUUCGACUGUCCAGGCACAAGUUGGAGCGAUGGUGCCAUAUGCCAUUUUUCGCCAAGACUGUGACGGGUUGCUUUGUGCGCAUUGGGAUUGGCAACAGCAGUAGCAAGCCUGUCUACAGAGUUGCUGAAAUCGUUGAUGUUGUUGAAACGGCAAAAGUCUAUCAGCUGGGGUCUACCAGAACGAACAAAGGCUUGCAGCUGCGACAUGGGAGUGACACACGAGUGUUCAGGCUGGAGUUUGUCUCUAACCAGGAAUUCACAGACAAUGAGUUCAUGAAAUGGAAAGAGGCUAUGAUUGUUGCGGGAAUGCAAAUUCCAACUUUAGAUGAAAUCACCAAAAAGGAGCAAGCCAUCAAAGAAGCUCUCAACUACAAAUUCAAUGACAAAGACAUAGAGGAUAUAGUAAAAGAAAAGGACCGGUUCCGAAAGGCCCCUCCAAACUAUGCCAUGAAAAAAACUCAGCUUCUCAAAGAGAAGGCCAUGGCUGAGGAGUCUGGAGAUGGGGAGAGGGUCAAGCAGAUACAGGACCAGCUCAAUGAAUUGGAGGAACGAGCAGAGGCUCUGGAUCGACAAAGGACCAAGAACAUCUCUGCUAUCAGCUAUAUUAAUCAAAGGAAUCGGAGUUGGAAUAUCGUAGAAUCUGAGAAAGCCCUAGUUGCGGAGGGGCAGAACUCCAAGAACCAACAGAUGGAUCCCUUUACCCGACGACAGUGCAAGCCAACCAUGGUGUCCAAUGCUAGAGACCCUUCAGUCCAUGCUGCUAUCCUUGCUCACCUGAAUCAGAAAUACGGCUCAGGUUCAGGGCAGGACAAUGUUCUUGAUAAGAAUAAACAGGGGCAGCCCAGUCAGAAAGACAAAGAUGUCACCAAAACAACUAGUGACCUGUCAGAGGAUCUUUUCAAAGUUCAUGAUUUUGAUGUCAAAAUUGACCUUCAAGUUCCUAAUGCAGAAGCGAAGUCUCUGUCUGUGAGUUCAAACGCUCUGCCUGUGAAGGAUGGUGCCCCUCGACGAUCACUCAACCUGGAGGACUACAAGAAGAGACGAGGCCUGAUCUGAGUACAGCCCACCACCGGUUCUCCGUGCAUGUGUUAGUCCGUCAGUAAUGCAGGGGCCUGAGGUUUCGCCCUACCCUGGGGUGUGUUUGUGUGCGCGUGUGUGUGCACGCGUGUGUGUGUGCGCACGCGUGCCUGUGUGUAAGGUUUAAGAGUGUGUACAAGAACAUGUGGCCCCCUCCAAAACCGACAGGAAGGAAUUAAUAGAAAACUACUUUUUUUUGUAAAAGAUUGCUUUUUAAGAAAAAGUUGUCUAGUCCAUUAUUUGCGUUUAUGUGCAGAAUUGUACUUGGAAUUGUGUUUUUUGUUAUUCCUUUUUGUCAUAUACAUAUAUACAUAUAUAUAUAUAUUUCCCUGCUGGCUCCUCACAGUUUCAUGGUUGUCUUUAUUCUUAUUCUUUUCUUUUUUUGAAAAGGACAUUGCUCUGGAUUAUCUGGAAGGACUUUUUAAUCUAGAUUGUUUGGAGUACAGUACAUAGAAACUUUGAAGAGAUUACUAACACAAAUAAAGAAUGGUGAUCAGAUGAGAUCAUUUGCAUUUACAACUUUUGUGACUGCUAGCAUACAACUGCAGAAAGAGCGGGAUACCCCUGCUACAUUCUACCAACCAUCAGUAGUUCUCUUUCAAAAUGGAGGGAAGAGAAAAGUAACUUUUUCUUCAUGGAUUAAACAAAGAAAAAACACAAG